AUGAGUGGGAAACGUUCACGUAGCUUUAAAUGUGCAGUUCAUCAUCGUGAUCGAGAGGUUUGUUCCGAAAAUGACUUCCAUCUUGUACUAGAAGAACCGCCAUUCUUUAAGAAAAUGGUGCACGUCGUUGCCAUGGAAAUACUGCCCGAAGAACGUGAUCGCAAAUAUUAUGCCGAUCGUUAUUCAUGUUGUCCCCCGCCUUUAUUCAUUAUACUAAUGACAAUCAUUGAGCUCUGCUUUUUCGCCUAUCACACACUCAGCAUUGGCGAGGCGGAACCAGCAGGCCCAGUUCCAAUCGAUUCCUUCUUCAUCUACCGUCCCGAUAAACGCCUUGAAGUGUGGCGUUUCAUAUUGUAUAUGGUAUUACAUGCCGGUUGGUUUCAUCUUGGCUUUAACCUCUGUGUUCAAUUACUUUUCGGCUUACCGCUAGAGAUGGUGCAUGGAUCGGGGCGAAUCGCUUGUAUAUACUUUUCCGGUGUAUUGGCAGGUUCAUUAGGCACCAGCAUAUUUGAUCCCGAAGUGUACUUGGUUGGAGCUAGCGGCGGCGUAUACGCUCUACUGGCGGCACACUUGGCCAAUGUGAUGUUAAAUUUUCAUCAGAUGCGCUAUGGCAUACUGCGAUUGAUAGCCAUUUUGAUGUUCGCAUCCUGUGACUUUGGCUUUGCAAUCUACGCUCGUUAUUCAGGCGAUUAUCCCUUUAGUCCCUCGGUAUCCUAUGUCGCCCACUUAACCGGUGCCUUGGCGGGCCUAACCAUUGGCCUAAUUGUGCUCAAGAACUUCGAACAGAAACUACACGAACAACUUCUGUGGUGGAUUGCGCUUGGUAUUUACACUGCCUACAUUAUAUUUGCAAUUGUCUUCAAUGUAUUGAAUAGUGCUGCGAUGCAGAGUCUAAAAGUGGAACCCAUCUAUGCAACCGAAACGUUUUUCAAUGAUUUUCAUGUAUAAUAUUUAGUUUUAAGCGCUAAAUGCUAUGCCAUCUUGUCGAUUGGGUGGAAUGCUAAGUGUAGAAAUAUUUUGCAAAAAAGUGUGAAAAAGUGUGUA